CUUAAGGAACUUAUACAUUGGCAUAUUCAGGUGCAUAAUCUAUUAGCAAUUCUCUUCUUUGGCGAAUUAGGUUGCAAUUUCAAGAGGUUUGAAUGGGGUUGGCCUUGCCAUUGUCAUACCAGCCCUUAAUUCCCUUGUUGCUGAUUCAACUGACGAUAUUAACCGCGGUAUGGCUUUUGGAUGGCUUAACCUGACCGGAAACUUCAGGGCGAUCCUCCGCAGCUUUUGUUCCGUCCUUAUUGCCUGAAAAACUAUCAUGGGGAUACCUGGCUGGAGAUUUGCAUUCCAUCUGGUUUGGAUAAUGAGUGUUGUAGUCGGUAUUUUGGUCCGUCUUUUCGCUAACGAUCCACGGUUUUCAGACCAUGAUAAUGUAGCCAAAGCACAUGUUGGACAUAAGUCUUUUUCAUCACAGGUGAAGGACAUGAUAAAUGAAGCAAAUUCUGUUAUGAGAAUACCAACUUUCUAAAUCAUUGUUGCUCAAGGUGUUUCAGGAGCAUUUCCGUUGUCUGCUUUGUCAUUUGCUCCGAUGUGGCUCGAACUAAUUGGCUUCUUACAUGAAACGACAGCGACAAUCAUGACACUUUUCAUGGUUUCGUGUUCACUUUGUAGUCUCUUUGUGGGAAAGAUGGGAGAUGUUCUAGCAGAACGCUUCCCGAAUUAUGGAAGAAUUAUUCUGUCGCAGAUAAGUACGAGUUCUGCGAUCCCGAUAGCCGCAGUUUUACUGCUCAUAUUACCUGAUGAUCCCUCCACUGCAGUUAUGCAUGGCCUGGUUCUUUUCAUCAUGGGAUUAUUCAUGUCCUGGAAUGGUUCAGCAACCAACAAUCCGAUAUUUGCAGAGAUCAUAUUAGAGAAAUCCCGAACAAGCAUUUAUUCGCUGGAUAAAUCUUUCGAGUCUAUACUGGCAUCUUUCGCUCCUCCUGUAGUAGGGAUUUUGGCUCAGCAUGUUUAUGGUUAUAAACCAAUUCAGAAAGGAUCAUCGAACUCGAUAGAGAUCGAGACAGAACGGAAAAAUGCUGCAUCACUUGCUAAGGCACUUUACAUGGCAAUCGGGAUUCCAAUGGCUGUCUGUUGCUCGAUUUACUCGUUCCUCUAUUGCACAUAUCCGAGAGACCGGCAAAGAGCAAGAAUGCAUGCGUUGAUUGAAGCAGAAAUGCAACAACUAGAGAAAGAUAAUGCUCCAUCAAACAGCAAAGAAUCCGAAAUUCGUGUUACGGAUUUUGAGUAUAUGAAUGAGAACGGAAGGGGUGAAAUUUGUAGCAUUGAUUUUGAUGAUAAUGAAGAGAAAUCUCUUCUGCAUUACCAGGUUUAGUUCUCAAGGACAGUGGUAAACAUGUUAUACUGAAGCUUGGGGCAAUCCACAUUGUAUUCAUUUGAAACUAAAUUGUUAUAAAGGCUGCAGUGACAAACUUCAGUUUCUC